AUGACGACCACGACUAGGGCCGCAUCAAAGAAGGAGGAAGACCCCUCCAGCGCUGCGCCUGCUUCUGAAGCCAAGCCGGGGUCAAAGCAUAAGACUGAGGACGAGGAGGUCGUCAAGCCUCCUAGCCCGAAGAAGGCUAAGCAGGAGGAUGAGAACCAAAACUUAGACACCGAGCAGGUGAAGGAAGAGACCAAGGACGAAGAAAAGAAACAAGAGAACGGCGCUCCAGAGGACCAGACCACCAAGCAGGAACCCCCCAUCAAAGAACCUAAAGACUCAGCCGUUGAGCCCCAAGCUCACAAAGACACCCCGGCCAGCAUCCUCGAGAAAGGCAUUAUCUACUUCUUCUACCGCGGCCGCGUCAACACCGACUCCCCCUCCUCCAUCAACGACAUCGCGCGGGCCUUCAUCCUCCUCCGACCCAUCGCGCACGACGCCAAACUCAGCUCAGGCCCCAUCGGCGACGCCGGCAACUCACGCCUGCUCCUCGUCCCCAAAAAGACACUCCCGCGUUCCGGCCGCGACCGGUGGAUCAGCUUUGUCGAGAAAUCGCACGCCUCGUUUGCGCAGCUGCGUGACGAUUUUUUGGCGUCGGCCGAGUACACGACCAAGACGGCCGGGGACCGCCACACGCCGGCGGCAACACCCGUUGGGGAAGGGGUGUAUGCGCUCACGAGCACGGGCCGGCAGAGUCACUUGGUGUAUGUGCUGACGCUUCCGGGGGAGUUGGGGGAGGUGCAGGAGGGGAUGGGGUUGAAGGCGAGGGGAAGUUUUAUUGUCAGUACGAAGAAUCCGGAGUAUGGGGGUCCGGGGCCGAAGGGGGCGGAGUAUCCGAAGGAACUCCUCGAAGAAUUCCGAUCCCUACGCUGGUCGCCGACCCAGCCGAAGCAUCUCGACUAUGUCCACACCCAAAUUUUGAUGGUGGGUGAGUCGUCGGGAACGGAAAAGGCUCUGUCUCCGCAGAAAGAGGACCAGGAAGAGGGGAAGGCCGAGCCGGAAGAGGAGAUAGAGGAGUUGGAGGAAGAGGAUAUCAAGAGGAUGGAAGGGUUGAGCGAGGAUGAUUCAGGUCGUGUGUUUGCUGAUUUGCAGGUGCAUGCGGAGGAUUAUCCGAAGCUGAGGACUACUUUUUAA